AAAAUUGUUAGUCAGCUGACCAGACUUGGGAAGUGUCAUGUGACCUGCACCACUGAAGUGUAGCGCCACAUACUUCAUAGUCAUCAACAAUGGACCGGCUACAGUUAUCCUCUUUCGUGGUGCUGAUUUUCGCUUCUUUAUUCACAAAAGGGUUCCCGAGUCCACUGCAGGGCAAAGAGACCUGGGGCUACGUGACGGUCCGAGAUGGGGCGCACAUGUUCUGGUGGCUUUACUACGCCGACUCCCCAUCUGCAGAGUACAAGGACCUGCCUCUGGUCAUGUGGCUGCAGGGCGGUCCGGGCGGCUCUGGGACAGGUUUCGGGAACUUUGCGGAGAUCGGUCCUCUGGAUGGAGACCUGAACCCCAGAGAAACCACAUGGGUGCAGUCGGCGAGCGUGCUGUUCGUGGAUAACCCCGUGGGCACCGGCUUCAGUUACACAGACAGGGAGGACGCCUUCGCCACCAACGUGUCGACCGUGGCCUCGGACAUGAUCGUGCUGCUCAGGAACUUCUUCAACUCACACAGCGAAUUUCAGACAAUUCCCUUCUACAUCUUCUCUGAGUCCUAUGGAGGGAAGAUGGCCUCGGCGAUCUCCAUGGAGCUGACUAAGGCCAUUGCACGAGGAUCUAUAAAAUGUACCUUUGCUGGAGUGGCUCUCGGAGACUCCUGGAUUUCCCCACUGGACUCUGUGAUGACCUGGGGCCCGUACCUCUACACCACCUCUCUCCUGGACGACCUGGGGCUGGCCGAGGUGACCGGAGUGGCCCAGCAGGUUCAGGACGCUGUGAACAACGGGCAGUUCCUCAAGGCCACAGAGCUCUGGUCCAUCGCUGAGUCUGUGGUGGAGAAGAACACCAACAACGUCAACUUCUACAACAUCCUCACCCAAGACACGGACGAGAAGGUCACGGCGCGUCAGGGAGAAGACUUCAUAUCUCUCCAGUUCCGUCGCCACGUCGGCCGCCUCCACAAACAGUCCCUGAGCGAGCUGAUGAACGGACCAAUCAGGAAGAAGCUCGGCGUGAUCCCUCACAACGUCACCUGGGGAGGUCAGGCUGGUGCAGUGUUCCAGUACAUGUCAGGAGACUUCAUGAGACCAGUGGUGGACAUCGUGGACGAGCUGCUGUCUGCUGGGGUCAAUGUGACUGUGUACAACGGACAGCUGGACCUCAUCGUGGACACCAUGGGUCAGGAGCAGUGGGUGAAGACGCUGACGUGGGAGGGGCUUUCGUACUUUAACAAACUGCGCUGGACUCCCCUGGAUGACCCCUCCUCUCCUGGGGUCACGGGAGCCUUCUACAAGAACUACAAGAACUUCACCUUCUACUGGAUCCUCAAGGCCGGACACAUGAUCCCCUCAGACCAGGGCGCCAUGGCUCUCCGGAUGCUGCAGAUGAUCACUCAGCAGACCUCGUGACCUCUGACCUGAGCCGCAGUGACCUCUGCUGUCUGGAACAGCACUGACAAUCACAUCACUUUUAUUUUCGUCCAAAUCACACAAAUCACACAAAUCACUGAUUUUAACCAAAGGAUCAAUAAAACUGUUUUUAGUAA